UGCCCCUUUUGACGUAGGGGUGAAAUGAUGCGCCUCGUCAAGUCAAUAACACGUUCGAGAGAGGGAGGGAGUCUUUUCUUUCUCUUUUUUGUUGGUGUUGUUAAUGAUUUAAAUUUAAUUUAAUAGAUUUUUUAUUGGGAAAUAAUUUGGAGGAGGAGGGUGGGGGGAGAGGAUGGCGUGACCUGUUUGCUUUGAUUCGAUUCUCUGAAUGAACACCCCCCAACUGAGAAAGGAGUAUUUAAUUUGGCCAUGCUUGCGGAUUUGAGGUGGGUUGAAUCGGGUAGCGCAGUUGCAGACGAUGGGCGGAUAGAUGGUGCUGUUCCAAUCGUGGGUGUCCGGCUUGCUGCACUCUGUGGUGGGCGAGAGCAGCUCCGUGAUGGGGUGUUUCCCUUGUUUUGGCGCGAGGAAGGAGCAGUUCAGUGCUGGCAAUGGCGAGGACGUGAGGAAGGAGCGAAACCCGUCGGUGGCAUCUCAAGUUUCGAGGGCUUCUUCAGGACCGGAGAAAGUCAGGCCGAGACCCGCACCUGUGCCGGUAAGAGAAACUCCGGCGCCGCCCAGGGAUGGCCCUGAAGUCAAAAUCGCAGCUACCACCUUCACCUUUCGGGAGCUUGCAACUGCGACGAAGAAUUUUAGACAGGAAUGUCUUAUAGGGGAAGGCGGAUUUGGGAGGGUUUAUAAAGGUCGCAUAGAAACCACAGGCCAGGUUGUCGCUGUAAAACAAUUGGACAGGAAUGGGCUGCAAGGGAACAGAGAGUUUCUGGUGGAGGUCCUCAUGCUUAGCCUUUUGCAUCAUCCUAAUCUUGUUAAUUUGAUCGGCUAUUGUGCUGAAGGGGAUCAGCGCCUUCUUGUGUACGAAUUCAUGCCUUUGGGGUCAUUGGAAGAUCAUCUGCACGACCUUCCUCCUGACAAAGAGCCACUAGACUGGACUACGAGGAUGAAAAUUGCAGCUGGUGCAGCAAGAGGGUUGGAGUACCUCCAUCAUAAAGCAAAUCCUCCUGUUAUAUAUCGAGAUUUUAAGUCAUCCAACAUUCUACUGGACGAGGAGUUCCAUCCAAAACUAUCUGACUUUGGUCUUGCAAAACUUGGUCCUACAGGAGAUAAGUCCCAUGUGUCCACUAGGGUGAUGGGCACGUAUGGUUACUGUGCUCCAGAAUAUGCAAUGACUGGACAACUUACUGUUAAAUCUGAUGUCUAUAGUUUUGGUGUGGUUCUGCUUGAACUAAUUACUGGAAGGAGAGCAUUUGAUUCUACUCGGUUGCAACAUGAACAGAACCUUGUUGCAUGGGCACGCCCACUGUUCAACGACCGUCGAAAGUUUCCAAAAAUGGCUGAUCCACGACUUCAGGGCAGGUUUCCAAUGCGAGGCAUGUUCCAAGCAAUUGCAGUGGCUGCAAUGUGUCUCCAUGAACAGGCAGCUACUCGUCCACUGAUUGGGGAUGUGGUCACGGCUUUGUCUUAUCUGUCAAACCAAGCUUAUGAUCCUAAUGCUGCUCAAGGUAGCAGGGCUGGAAGAGAUAAGGAUGAGAGAAGCAGAGUUGCUGGUACCGCUGAAGAUAGAGGUGGAAGGAUAACAAGAAGUGAAGAUAGUGGUGGCUCUGGUCGCAAAUUGGAAUCAGAUGAGUCAGGAAGGGAAGAUUCUCCCAAGUUACCCAAAAACCCCAACAGGGAUUUGGAUAGGGAACGAGCCGUUGCGGAGGCCAAAAUGUGGGGAGAAAAUUGGAGAGACAAGAAAAGGAUGACUUUGCAGGCAAAUACUGCCAACUCUAAUGAGAAGAAGAUUGACGAUCCAAGUCCAACAAGUGAAUCAUGAGUUACGGACAUAAGUUUUCUUGGGUUUAUCCAUCAUCUGCUACGUGCAGACCAAGUUAUUCUAUCAGGUCAAUAUUUCCUGUGGACAUGCAUAUAAACAACACAGGCUUUUAAACUCCUUUCCAGGAAGGAUCUGUAGUUUUUCUCCGAGUUAUUCUGCUGUAGCUUCUUUUCCUCUUUGUUUUUCUUUUUCUUUUUUCUUUGGCCUUUCAUGCUGUUGGAAAAGAAAAGAAGCCGAGUUAGGAGAGUGUAAAGGUUCAUACAAUAGCUGUACUGUAACUAUCAUUGUUAGUUCAGCAUCUUUUGGUCUUGCUUUAGUAAAGGUAAAAAAAAAAAGGAAAAUUUUUGUGGCA